AUGUGUUUAGGGUUAUCAGAAACUCUUCAGCGGCAGACUUAUAACAAGCACACAUAUGCCCACUUCGUAAAGGGCCUGGUACUGGCGGAUGCUGGACGUUUGCAAGAAGCUUUGGACCGUUUUCACACAUGCAUCAAACUACACUCUCAAGAUCCUGAGCCCCUAAAACAGGUUGCAAAGUGUUUAUAUCGUCAAGGUCGUUUCUUAUUAUCACGCGACACUUAUUUAGAAGCUGACAAAUUAACGAAAUAUCCUGAUGCUGAUAUUUACUGUGGAUUGGCCGAGUGCUCUUGGAACCUAGGCGAGAUAGAGCGCGGUGUGGAGUGGGCUGAAGCGGCUGUACAGGCAGAUGGAGGCGAAAGAGCCGGGGCUUUGUUGGCCAGACUUCUACUGGCAUGCGAUCAAACAGAAGCAGCUUUAGAAGCGUACGACCAUACCUUAGCCACGAAUGUCUGCGGAGCGGACACUCUUGCUGCGGCCGGAGCACUUCGUCUCCGCGCUGGCGACCCACGAGGAGCUUUCCAGCUUCUCGGAGCAGCUCUUGCCCAGCAACCGACACAGCACGCCGCUGCCUUGGCACUAGCCGCCAUGAUGCUCCAACACAAGGAUGUAGAUGCAGCAUUAUCAAGGCUGAAGGCGGCAUUGUCAGCACACCCGACUUGUGUGGCUGCACAUUCGAACCUAGGACUAGCUUUAUUAGCUAAGAAGAAAUAUGUUGCUGCGCUGACGUGCCUGCAGCGCUCGGUGAGCGCGGCGCCGCUGAGUGCGCGCGCAGCUCACAACCUAGCGCUGGCGCUGCUCACCUGCAAGCGACCGGCCUCCGCCUUCUGUCGCCUCGCCAGCGCCGCCGCCUUACAGCCUGCGCAGCCUUACACAGUGCUACUGCUGGGUAUAGCGCUAGAAUCCCUGGGCGAUAACAGAGCAGACGCAGCGUAUACCAGGGCCGUGGCACUGGCACCACAUGAUGCCCUGCUGAGGCUCAACCUAGCUGGUAGGCACGCCCGGGCUGGAAGAAUGAUGGAGGCCGUGGAAGAGGCUAGGAAUACCGCGCUUAUUUUGCAAACAGACGGCAACACCGACGCUCAGCUUGCGAGCUCCUUAGCGGUGCUCAUGAACCUGCUUCGCGACGCUAGUGUACAACUGUCGGAAGUGCCGCCCAGUGAGCCGGAACUGAACUCACUUCCGGAACAACCUAACACACCUAACGAUGAACAACUAGCAUCAGACGAAGUUUAG